AUGGCGGCGGGGUGUCAAACGCUGAUUCACCUCAAGCACGACUCCGCCCUGAUCCAGAACCCUGCCAAAUCCUGCUCAGUCCAUUCGGUCACAGUGGUUAAAUUGCAUCCAGUUACGCGGCCUAAACAAGUGCCAUCUCCACGACAACACCGUGACGCGUGGCGUUUCCGCCGGGAUUUUACCUUCGCCAGAAUCGCUGCCAAAGCUGUAACCGGGUGGGACACAAACCGGGUGGGUUCUGCAAAUCAACAACAGCUUGCGGAAGCAAGCCCGCCCCCGCGACUUCUAAUUCCAAGACCCCGUUUCCGGUCAAAACGCAAGUCCCAACUCCGGUCUGUUAGAAAUUCUCUCAGUCUCUUUGCUACUUCCCAGCCCAAUGCGGCUGAUCGUAGAAAGUUUGUUGACGUUCUGCGCAAUGGCCGCGCAGUCCGCCUACAGUUGGACAAUGCCUCAGACAUCACCAUCAUCUCUGAGAGACUUUGGCAAUCCCUUGGCAGCCCCGCAAUGCAGCAGACUUACCAGUCCACCACAGAUGCGUGUGGUGGUCUCAUCAAGCUAGUGGGGCAACUGAAAUGCCGUGUUUCGUUCCGCGGCACUACCAUCACUGCAAUCUGCUACGUCACUAAGUCUGACCUCAACCUACUUGGUCUUGACUGGAUUGAACAACUUGGUUUGGCCGACAUGCCGCGCCGCGCUGUUUCCAGUCGGGUGCAGAUUGCCGCGGUGCUUGCAGGCCAAGCCAAGGACAUUCUCCCACAGUUUGCUCCAGUGUUCCAAGACGGCCUGGGUCGUUGCACAUACACUCAAGUCGUGCUGCAUCUGUCUCCUAGAAGCCAAGCAGUCUUCCACCCAAAGCGGCCAGUCUCAUAUACAGUCUUGCCACUUGUCGAGGUUAGACUGAAGCGUCUAAAGGAAGUGGGAGUUCAAGUUCCUGUAUCCUACUCCGCCUAGGUCGCUCCAAUCGUUGUGGUUAAGAAGCCCGAUGGUUCAAUCCGCAUUUGUGUCGACUUCUUCACCGGUCUCAAUGCCGCGCUGACGUCCAACUGCUAUCCACUGCCGGUUCCAGCUGACAUUUUUACCCUGCUGAACUGUGGCACUUGCUUUGCCAUGUUGAAUCUCGCUGAUGCGUACUUGCAGAUCGAGGUCGCCCCGAAGUCGCGCGAAUUGUUGACCAUCAACACCCACUGCGGUCUGUGCCAGUACACCAGGCUGCACUGGUGUUAAGACUGUCCCAGCUUUAUUCCAACAAACGAUGAACGCAAUGUUCUCCGGUAUCCCUGGCACAGAUGGGUACCUGGACGACAUAAUCUUCGGUUGCUCCCCUGUUGAGCUGCAAGACCGAGUGUGUGCAGUACUCGAACGCGUGCGGGAAUAUAACUUCGGCAUGCGGGCCGACAAGUGUCAAUUCUUCCUCGGAUUCGUUUUUGACCUCACUGGUCGCCAUUCAGAUCCCGAAUACAUUUUUGCCAUCCAACGGAUGUCUGCACCUGGCCUUCGCCCAACUGAAGUCGAUGCUGAGUUCAGAUCUGUUGCCCACCCACUACGAUCAGACGCUGCCGAUUGCUGUUGCUGCAGAUGAUUCCAACCACGGAGUUGGUGGUGUCAUCUCACAAACUUCUUCUGACGGGUCUGAAAAAGUGAUCAUGAAUGCAUUUUUCACACUAACUCCUGUGGAGAAGAACUACGGGGAAAUAGAGAAAGAACCACUAGUCCUUGUGUUUGCCGUCAAGAAGUUCCACAAACUGUUGUAUGGUUGUCACUUCACGCUGUUGAUGGAUCAUAAACCGUUGCUGUCAAUCUUCGGUCCAAAGGAGGGCGUUCUUGUCAAUUCAGUCAACCGACUUCAACGAUGGGCAAUCAUUCUUCUCGAUUAUGCUUUCGACAUUCGUUACUGCUGCACUGCCGACUUUGGUCAGGCAAACGCACUCUCUCAUCUGAGGAAGACAUCGUGGUUGACGUUAUUUCGAUUGAGGACGCUGUGCGCCGCCAACUCUCAGACGCUAUACGAGGUAUACCUAUCACUGCCGCGGACAUCCGACGUGCUACUGAACAGGAUCCUGUCUUCCGUGAGGCUAUCACCUACGUGCCGACCUACUGGCCAACCACUGCUCUCGCUAGAGAUUUUCACCAGCUCUUUCUGCGCCGAGCAUUGUUAUCUGUGAUUGAUUCCUGUCUAAUCUUUGCGGACCGUGUGGUGAUCCCAUCUUCUCUUCGACCUGCUGUACUACACCAAUUUCAUGCGGCGCAUCCUGGUACAAGCCAAAUGAAGUCAAUAGCUCGUAGUUUUGCUUACUGGCCGGGUAUCGACAGCGACAUCGACGACCUGAUUCAACGCUGUUCCCGAUAUCAACAAACUGCCAAGAUGCCGCUUCGUCAACCACAAAUACCCUGGCAACCACCGGAGAGGCCUUGGGUGCGUGUGCAUAUCAAUUUCGCUGGCCCACUUAACGGAGUCUCAUAUCUGAUCUUGGCUGACGCCUACUCGAAGUGGACAGAGAUUGCUCCGCUGAAUCCAGCGACCGCAUCUGCCACUAUGGCUUUCUUACGACGCAUCUUAAGCCAGCAUGACAUACCGGAAGUCUUGGUUUCGGAUGAUGGGUCCCAGUGUACUUCAUCGACGGUUGAGAAUUUCUUUCGCCAGCAUAACAUCCAGCAUCUUCGCUCCCCGCCCUACCACCCUCAGUUUAACGUUCAGGCGGAGCGUUCUGUCGACACGUCUAAGAGAGCCCACUUGAAAGCUCGUGGGGAGGGGACCACGGACAAGAUAGUCUAUAUGUUUCUGCUUUUCUAA